UUCCAUUCUCACUCUCUCUUCCCUCUCUCUACAUCUCUUUCUCCAUCGCUCGGAAAUCCUUAAGAUAGCAGAAGAUGGCAGAUGCUGAGGAUAUUCAACCCCUUGUCUGUGAUAAUGGGACCGGAAUGGUCAAGGCUGGAUUUGCUGGAGAUGAUGCCCCACGUGCUGUGUUUCCCAGCAUUGUAGGUCGUCCUCGUCACACUGGUGUGAUGGUUGGCAUGGGCCAAAAGGAUGCAUAUGUCGGUGAUGAGGCACAAUCUAAGAGGGGUAUUCUUACUCUCAAGUACCCAAUUGAGCAUGGAAUUGUCAGCAACUGGGAUGAUAUGGAAAAGAUUUGGCAUCAUACCUUCUAUAAUGAGCUUCGUGUUGCCCCAGAAGAGCACCCAGUGCUUUUAACUGAGGCUCCACUUAAUCCCAAGGCUAAUCGUGAGAAGAUGACUCAAAUUAUGUUUGAGACUUUCAACACCCCUGCUAUGUAUGUAGCCAUUCAAGCUGUUCUUUCACUGUAUGCUAGUGGUCGUACAACUGGUAUUGUGUUGGACUCUGGUGACGGUGUCAGUCACACAGUUCCUAUCUAUGAGGGUUAUGCUCUCCCUCAUGCCAUCCUUCGUCUUGACCUGGCUGGUCGCGACCUUACUGAAUACAUGAUGAAAAUUCUGACUGAACGUGGGUAUUCUUUUACCACCUCAGCAGAGCGGGAAAUUGUUAGAGAUGUGAAGGAAAAGCUAGCUUACAUUGCCCUUGACUAUGAGCAAGAGCUAGAGACAGCCAAGACCAGCUCUGCAGUGGAGAAGAGCUAUGAGUUGCCUGAUGGUCAGGUCAUCACUAUUGGUGCUGAACGUUUCAGAUGUCCGGAGGUUUUGUACCAGCCAUCUUUGAUUGGAAUGGAAGCCGCAGGCAUUCAUGAGACAACAUACAACUCCAUUAUGAAGUGUGAUGUUGAUAUUAGGAAAGACUUGUAUGGUAACAUUGUCCUCUCCGGGGGUUCAACCAUGUUCCCAGGCAUUGCUGAUAGAAUGAGCAAGGAGAUCUCUGCAUUGGCCCCAAGUAGUAUGAAGAUCAAGGUAGUUGCACCACCUGAGAGGAAGUACAGUGUCUGGAUUGGUGGUUCGAUUUUGGCAUCCCUGAGCACCUUCCAACAGAUGUGGAUUGCAAAGGCAGAGUAUGAUGAAUCUGGACCAUCCAUUGUGCACAGAAAAUGCUUCUAAAAUGUGAGAAUAUGGUAUGUGUCCUGAGGAAGAUUUGCAGCUUGCAGCCUAUUCAAUGUAGCUUUGUUGUCCUUUCAUGUUCUCAUGUUGGAGUGAUGACUGAGAAGGCGGGGAUUUUAUUUUCACAUUUUCACGAUGGUCCAAUUCUUUUAGUAUUGUAUACUUUGACAAGAUUUUGAUUGGUAACUCUGCGUCUGAAUUAGCUGGAAUUUCCUAAUACACUUGCUUCCCAUGUGCGUCCUUUGCUAA